AUGUCGGCGCGGCUGGCGCUCAAACUGGGGCCGCCCCGGCAAUUCCCCAAAUGGUUUCGAGGGCAGGCGAAGACACAUUUCUUCCAUCAGCAAACUUGCAAUGUGACACGAAGAUGGUAUCAAGCGCGGAGCGGCAAAGCUACUGACUUACCUUUCGCCUAUACCUGGCUUACAAGGACGCCUGAUCAGAUUGUGAGUGUCCCUUGCUGCGCUCAGGGUGAUGAUACCAAGCUAAACCAGCAAGAGACUCCAGAUGACGUUCUUACGAGCUUCCCUUCUACUUCCUCGUCGUUAGCAGAAUCAGGCGAUGUCCCGAUCCUUCUUGUUACCCCCUCCUUUGCGCAUUGGUUCAAUUCCGAUAAUACAUUCCUCGAACAAUGGAUAAACCGACUCUAUCAGAAUCCCACCACACCCGCUCCGAUUCACGCCGUCCUUGCCAUCGUUGAUAGAAUACCUGAUCCUCGUCCUCAAUCUGAUAUCGGAGGGCGGAAGGCUGACACACCCGACACCUUAACGGAAUCGGAGGGUUUGGCGCUCACUUUCGCGAAGGCGGAAAAUAUCGCUGGGAAAGCUUCCGCACUGCGCUCUGUCAGGUCAACGACUACAGAGGAGUCGUCCUUGAUAUUCUCAAUCGAAACUACCGUUCCAGACACGCCUGGACAGUCUGUUCGCAGGCCGGUCCAUGAAGUUGGGUUGCGUCUCGCUAAUACGAUCUUCAUUAAUGGAAAUGAUACCACUCUUCUCGGGACACGCUGGGUGUACGACUCCUCCUCGAGCAAGUAUAAUUUAGAUCAAACUCUUUCUCUGUCUAGCUGCGUGGUCAGAAAUUUUGCGCAAAGUCUACAAAGCUCAUUUGGGCUUCCAUUGUAUCCUGUCAGCCAGAGACGGAAAGUCAUCGCUAGCAUGGGUAAUAUUCUACGCCAGCUUGCGAAACAUGCAGAUGACCCGUCCAAUGAACCGAUGCCCGCUUCUUCUGAGCUCGAAAAGGAACUCCCCCGUUACAUCGCGGAACACAACAUCGCCGACCGGAGAGUUUCUGUCUGGGCCCUGGUUGAAAAGCCCGGUAAUAACGCCUCUUCUGAGGCAACCCUUACUCAAGACCGCCUCACUUCAUCCGUUCAGGCAGGCGGCAAGCUUCACCGUGUCAUGAGUGGCGGAGGAGGAUGGGGCAAGAAGCAGGGUUUGCUAUCACUGGAUCCCGAGACCAGCUUCUUGGAUCCAAGCGACCGCGGACAGCUCUCCUCUGUGGACCGUCUAUUCUCUCUGGGUGAUGUAACCCCGGCGGGAGAAUCAUUCGCCUCCCUCGACAAGUAUAUGAUGAUGGACGAUCUCUCGUCCCUGUCACAAGUGGCAGAACAAGGUGACUAUGUCCAAUUCUUUGUUUCUGUCGAGCCAAAGAGUGAGCAUACAAAGCUAUCUGAGCUACCGGAUGGGGGUGUCACGUAUCGGUUCGGGGUCCUCUCCGAUGCGGAGUCCUUGACCAGCAUAUCACCCGCACAUAAGGAGCUGAUAGCGGUUCCUCAUUACUUUGGCGCUCUCACUGAGAAGGCAAUCGCGUAUUCCCAACCCAAGAUUGACCCCGACUCGAAGGGAGGAGUACUGGAAACCAGCACCAAAUGUGAUAUACCUGGUUGCCGGGUUGAGAUGACUCUUUCCUAG